UUGCGAUCAUCAAUCUUAUUUAACGAUUUACUUUUAGAGCAGAGAUUGUUGUUUGGGGUUUAAGACGCAAUGCUCCAUAGGGAUGGAGGCGACUUUGUUCGCAUCAAAGCGAAAACAAUGUACAAGGUAACCGUCGUCAUGGUGAUAAUACUUCUAACUGAAAUGGUGGCAUGCAAACCAGGAAAAUUGUUCAUCUCGAAAGCCAGCAGCCAAAGUAGUCCAUGUUGUGGAGUUAAACGAGAGAUCCUAUGGCAGAGGCUUGGUCACAUGUACAAUCCCAGUCACGUGACCGACUCACUCGAUGAUAAUACAUUGCAAGCCACUGACAUGUCAAAAUCGCUGGCUCAUGAUUCUAUGAAUUUGACGUCAAGGUCAUUAAAUCAUAGAAGUGUCUCAAAGGCCAUAUAUACCCCGGAUGCAUGGACAUGCAAGGCCACAUAUAAGUGGAUUGACUUAGGCUCUAAUUACUUUCCUAGAUAUCACAGGUCAGCCAGUUGUUCUAAAAAUACUUGUUGGUUUGGUCAUUAUCGAUGUGUAAAAAAGUAUUUUCACUUGAAGUUCUUAAAGCGAAAACCAGUCACUUGUCAAAAGGUGCAAACCUGCUCAGGUGUGCCAAGGUUUGAAGACUUCUGGGAUUCAAUAGAUAAGAAAAUUCCACUGUACUGCGCAUGCGUAAAUUGACGGUCUUGAGUGAAUUAAAAUUUAACUAAUUAUAUAUUGAUCUAUAAUUUAUUAAGGGUUAAUCAUUGAGUUAGAAUUAUUGUACAUGUGUUAUAUACUAAAUUUAGACAUUAAAUCUUAAAAAUAAACAUAUUUAUUCACAACAGCUUUUUAUGAGACUAUAACUAGUGGAUAGUGAGAACGCGAGUAAAUUUAAAUGUUAAUUCGUGGAUUAUAUUUAAUGUAUUAUCAUAGUUAAUAUAUUUUGGAUUGAGAUGCCAAUUUAUUGUGAAUGAAUUAAA